AUGUCUAAAACAAAUUUGAACGAAAACUCACCUUUAUUAGAAACUAAAUUAAAUGGUUCUGGAGAAAGAGAAAAUGCAGUCACAAAAUUUGAGGGCUUGGGAGUUCGUCAUAUGCAAUCUUUCCUGCUAUUUCUCGCACUCAUACUCGUAUACAGUAUGCGGGUCAAUAUAAGUAUGGCAAUCGUCGAUAUGACAGAUGCUACCAAGGAAGACCACUUCGAUUGGAGCUACAGUGUUCAGUCAAUGAUUCUGUCUUCUUUCUUCUGGGGCUACGUCAUCCUUAUGCUGCCAUCCGGUGAACUAGUGAAAAAAUUCGGUGGCAAAUGCCUCUUCAUCGUCUCAGUUUCCGUGAAUUCAUUACUAUCUCUACUGUUGCCCACUGGCGCGUAUCUUGGAGGAUGGCAAUUCGUGUGCGCCUGCCGUGUGCUCCAAGGGAUGACGCAGUCGUUCGUUUUCCCGUCCACACACCAUCUUGUUAGCCAGUGGGUACCUUUAGAAGAAAAGGGUCGCCUAAGUACACUGAUCUAUGCUGGUAGCCAACUUGGUGUCGCACUACAACUUAUAACCUCAGGAUUCUUGGCAUCAGCGUGGGGUUGGAAGGCGAUAUUCUACGCGAAUGGCAUACUUGGCUCUUUGUGGACGAUAGCUUACUUAAUAUUCGGUUCGGCGUCACCUGAACAAUCCAAAAGGAUAUCACAAGAAGAGUUGAGAUACAUUCAGGAAUCUUUAGGACGAGUUGGGGAGCAAAAGAAAUAUAAGACACCAUUGAUGAAGAUCAUAACGUGCCUCCCAUUUUGGGCGGCGGUGGUGGGCCAUUGUGGACAAAACUGGGGAUUCUUCACUCUGAUGACGGAGAUGCCAACCUACAUGGCAAAAGUUCUGGAUGUGAAUUUAAAAGAAAACGGCGUGCUUUCAUCCCUCCCGUAUCUGGCGAUGUACUUGUUAAGUUUUCCAAUGGGAGCAAUGACAGACUUCCUAGUGAGGCGGAAAUGGCUCAGCGUAACUAAUACAAGAAAAUUGUCAAACUCUAUUGGUCUGUGGGGCCCAGCAGUAGCGUUGAUCGGGUUGUCAUAUACACCCGAAGGGAAUAUGGUAGCGGCAGUGGCUAUGCUGACGGUCACUGUUGGUAUAAACGCUGGUCAAUACACCGGUUAUUUGCUGGUCCUGGUCGACUUAGCGCCAAACUUCAGCUCAUCGCUGAUGGCCAUCUCGAAUUUCUUCGCUAACAUCAUAUCGAUUAUUGCGCCGCUGGUCUGCGGUCUAAUUAUUCAGGACGAGUCUGACCCUUCAGAGUGGCGGAAGGUGUUUUUCUUGGCGUCUGGCGUAUAUUUCUGCACCAAUUUAUUCUUCAUUCUUUUUACGACAUCUAACAAACAGCCGUGGAACGACCCGGAAGAAAUUGAUCCCGAAACAAACAAGGAGAAAUUUGGCGCUCAA